AAGAAUCGAUUCUGAAUAAACAAUCCAGUGUAAUCGAACUGGAAAAAGUGUGGUUAUCAAGCAGUCUUCAAAUUCUAUUUUUUUUUCUAAUAUUUAAAUUUUAAUAUCUUCAAUGUUUAAGAUAACGUCAAGUCUAGUUAACUUAGGAAAGCAAAAUACUCCAAUUUUGAGGCAUCAAUGUAAUAGAUUAUACAGCAUAUACACACCGGACUACUUAGAUGCAUACAAGCCAAAAAUUCCAGUAUAUUCUUCACUUAAUGUAGAAAUAACUGGAUAUGUUUUUCCUGUAUUGGAAAGUUUUCAAAAAUUGAUUCACAACGUAGCAGGACAAAUGGACUUUGAUGUCGUUGAAAGUUUCGCUUUACCACCAACACAUUUAAAAAUUAAUCGAUACAAAGCACAAAGUACUAUUACUGAGGAAGAAUAUGAAUUAAAAAUUUAUGAAAGAAAUUUAAAACUAAAUAAUGUAUCAACAACUAGAUUUCCAAUAUUUGUAAGGAUUCUAGAAGCUACUCAACCAGAGGGUGUAAUAAUGAAUAUACGAGAAUGGGAUUCUAUCAAAGAAGAAUUGCGGUAUAUUCCUGAUAAAGAAUUAUUGGAUUUGAAAUACGAAUUGGAAAAUUUCCGCAGAAAUAAAUAAGUUAUAUCACAUAUUUUUAUUACUGCUAGACAAUUUGUAUGUUUUUGUUAAAUUACACAAAAUAAAGCUGACUGCUAUAAGUAAG